CCAACAAACGUUAACAGCACCAUGUUAAUGACAAGUUGGAGUUCUUUUUUGGACGAGCGAUUCGCGUUCAUUUCGUGUUCGGAACUUGAACGACAAACAUCAAAAUGAUGAUCAAAGGCCUGUUUUUGGUGGCGGCAGCGGUUUUCGUGGGAGUUUUUGCCAAUGAAGUUCAGCUGAAUAAAGGAAAUGUUGCUCUGGAACCGUUAGCUCGUCUUCCGAGAAGUGCCCAACAAACUAACCUUCCUGGAUUCCCUAACUUUGUACCUCCCGGUUUCGACAACUCCAAUAUAGUGUCCCAGCAUACCGACAGUAACAAGAAUGGAUUUGCUCAGACAACAAUCUACAAGUCGGACAAUGGAAUGGGUUCGUCUUCUGUGUCCGUUGCCAAAUCGGCCUCCUCUACCGUCCAGCUGUCCUUCAGUUGUCUGAUUGUGUUACUUGCAGCAGUUCCGCAGCUAUUAAAGAUGUCUUAAGUGCUUAAUUGUUGCAGUAUUUAUCGUUUCUACAGAGAGGAACAAGUGAUAAAAAUUUACAAAAGUGCUAAGAGAAUAAACAAACAAGAGAUGCUAAAACUUG